ACCAACAUCAACAUAUAAUUAUAAGUACAGGUGGUAACUAAAAAUUAAAAAGAUUCGUGUGUGAAAAUGGAUAAAGUAAGUUUAAACACGAUAACGCUAAAUAAAUUCAAAUGGUUAAAUGAACCUAAAAAGUGGAGCAGAAAUGGUGAAACUCUUGAAAUUACCACAGACAAUAGAACAGAUUUUUGGCAAGGCACUUGGUAUGACUUCCAUUUCAAUACUGGCCAUCUAUAUGGUGUUAUUCUCCAAGACGAUUUUACUUUUGAGGUUUGCAUCGAAGCAAAGCUGACUACGCUGUAUGACCAGGCUGGUUUAAUGAUAUAUUUGGACGAAACCCACUGGCUCAAAGCUGGUAUUGAAUAUAAUGACGGUCAGCCUAUGAUUGGUAGCGUUUUAACGAAUGGCGUUUCUGAUUGGGCUACAGGUUUAUAUACUGGAGAUCCCAAAAGGUUUUGGAUGCGACUCACUAAAGUAGGAAAUGUCAUAUGCGUAAAAUAUUCUGUAGAUUGUGCUAAAUGGAUCCUUUUACGACUAUGUCCGUUCUGUGUGCCAGAAGACGAAAAGUUCCUUGUAGGACCCAUGUGUUGUACACCGCAGAGACAAGGGCUUGUUGUAAAAUUUAGUAAUUUUUCUGUAACGAGUCCUGCAAAAGAUAUACUGCAUAGUAAUUAAAGAAAAUACAUAUAACUUUGCUAGAGGGUGGGCAUUAUAAUUUUUUAAGGAUUUCUAAAUUAUUUAUAUUAUUUUUUCACCUUUCCUGUUUUAUAUCAUUUUUAUUGAAUGAAAUAAUAAGUGUCACUUAAUAAUCUAGACUAAAUAAUUAUGAACUUUUAAUAUUAAAAUUAGAAAUUACAUGAUGUUUAAAAACAGUUAAAUUUAUAUUUGAAUUUAGUUUUAAAAAUUAUUUUCAAUAUUAAUAAACAAACAAAAACAUUUUAUCAACAAUGUACAGUAUACAGGGUGUCCCAAAGGUAUGGGACAUGAAGGGAAAGUACCUUAAAUAUCAAAGAUAGGCUAUUUUACGGAAAGAAGACUUUAUGCUAUUUUUAAAAGUAAGUAAUUCUGCAUUCAAAGAUUUUCUAAAAAUUACUUGCCUCGUCUGGGAAUCGAACCGACUUAAAUGUAAAAAAAAACACCCCUACUCUUAUGAUGCCAAUCGAAAGAAUGGCCAAACUCUAAUAACUCUUCUUGAGUAACAUCGUAAUUUAAAAGAAAGUAGUCAAUUAAGUGGGUAUUUUUUUGUAAAUUAAUUAAUUAAAUGCUCAAAAUGUGAUCCCUCUUGUCUCACGCAAAUCGCCAAUCUUUUAAUGAGUCCACUACCUGUUGAUUUUUUAUCAUUUUAUGGUGAAUACUCGAUAUGCUAUGGCACAAUUCUGUUUGUAACUCGCCCACGUUCUCGUAUCGCUUUUUGUAUCUUUCACGUAUCCCCAAAAGAAGAAAUCUAAUGGUGUAAGGUCCGGGGAUCUGGCCGGCCAUCUAAUCGGUCCAUUCGUACCAAUCCAAGUAGGAAAACAUUCAUUUUACGUUGUUUUUUUCUUUUAAAAUACUAUGUUACUUAAGAAGAAUUAUUAGUUUUUGCUCAUUCUUUCGAUUGGCAUUAUAAAAGUAGGGGUGUUUUUUUUUACAUUUUAGUCGGUUCGAUUCCCAGACGAGGCAAGUAAUUUUCAGAAAAUCUUUGAAUGCAGAAGUACUAACUUUUAAAAAUAACAUAAAGUCUUCUUUCAGUAAAAUAGCCUAUCUUCGAUAUUUAAGGUACUUUCCCUUCAUAACUUUGGGACACCCUGUAUAUGUCGCAUAUUGUCAAAGCCGUGAUAUUAUAAUUUCACUAGUGAUAUUUUAAUUUACAAAUAAGGCCUGUUAUAAAAACUUGGCUUUAUUAAGUUCAUCAUACUUUAUAAUUGUUUUAUGCUGUAUUUUAUUUGCAUAUUCAAUAAAAUGCAAUUUUGUGUCAUAUUUACCUUUUUAAAGAGCUAUAUUUUUAAAUGCCGGUCCUUCACAAACGACAGGCCUCCACUGUCGCUGCAAACGUGAGGUGGCCGUUCGCGAACUGUUUGCAUAACCAUGGAGCUAUCGUCUAUUCGCGUGUGAAGUAAUUUUGUUUUAGGGGAACCUGUUGAAACUUGGCACAAUGUGUACCUAGGCCACUAGGCUGAUUACAAAAAUUCCCGCGAUGUUAAAUUCUGUUGUCUAGUGUUUUCUAUACGUCACUACUGACUAUUCAAUUUUAAAGUUGUCACUUACAAACACCGGCUUAAUGGCAGCCGGUGUUUGUUGUUAUCGACGUUAAAACGUUAAACUACAUUAUAAUUUUUUAAUUACUUUAUUUAUCGCGUGCGCCAGUCAUGCGCAUGUCUGUGACGCGAAAUCAUAGGAUUUUCCCUACCAAAAUGUGUCCAACGCGGCGAAAGAAGUUUUCACUUCAAUUUUGUUUUUGAUAUCUACUAUAAAAGCAUACAUACAUUUGCAUGUAUUCAAUUAUUAUUAACUUGACCUGUA